AGUGAGCUCACUCCCUCGCCCCUCCCACUUGACUCCUCUCCCCGCCAGCUACUGAACCAACCAACAAAUACCUCCGGCCGGCGUCUGGUUCUCCGAUGGAUUGGAGGUUGGCGUGAAGGGUAGGUAGGUUGCCGGAUAGGGACGGGGAGGCGGCGAGAGGUGUUCCGCGCCGUGCCCUUCGCGUGCUUCCUCCAGACCUCCACCGGCCGACGCGCGCGCGGCGCCGCUGUUCCAGGUUUCGUAAUUUCCAGUGUUGGCCGCUUUAGGAUACAAUGGGAAAGUCCCCGGGGAAGUGGAUCAAGUCUGUGCUCUUGGGGAAGAAAUCAACUAAAUCCGGUUCUACCAAGGCAAAUGAAUCGAAGGCUGCAAAUAACAACGGUUACUCAACUGGGGAGGAGCGUGCACUUUCUGAGAAUUCUCCUGUGAUCUCUGAGCCAGUGCUUGUUAACCCCCACAAAAAUGGAGCUGUUUCAGCUAAUGUGAAGGCUGAAAAUGUCAAUUUGCCAGGCGAUCGGGCCGGGCAACAGAACCAAAGCAUUGUUGAGUCUGAGACAUCAGGUCCUGGGCAAUUGGGAGAAGACCAAGCUGCAGUGAAGGCACAGGCAGCCUUUCGUGGUUACCUGGCACGAAGGUCAUUCCGUGCAUUGAAAGGUAUCAUAAGACUUCAGGCACUGAUUCGAGGGCAUCUUGUAAGGAGACAGGCUGUUUCAACCCUUCGUACUACUUGGUUGAUUGUGAAGUUUCAGGCUCUAGUUCGUGGAAGAAAUGUUAGACUCUCUGGAAGUGACAUGCAAUUCAAUUUAAAGUUUGGCCAACAUAGCCUUGGAGGUGCUAGAUCGUCUGAUGCAUGGAAAGAUAAGUUAUCUUCGAAUGCCUAUGUUCGGAAGCUUCUGUCUUCACCAAUUGUGCUAGAACCUCUUCACUUUCAGUAUGACAAGAGGGAUCCCAAUUCAACCUACAACUGGCUAGAGAGAUGGACCUUAGGCUGCAUCUGGAAAUCUGUUUCUCAACCAAAAAGAGUUCCUGAUGGGAAACUACUGGUAAGGAAGGCUAGUUAUGCGAUGGAAACUGAAUCAGCCAAGUUAAAGCGCAACAUUCGGAAGGGCUCUGGCGCUACAGUCGAGAGUUUACCCAGUGAAUCUGAGAAACUAAAACGUAAUCCAAAGAAAUCCUCUAACUUCCCUGCUGAUUCAGUACCAGAUAGCCAGUUAUCUGAACUUGAGAAGGUUAAAAGGAACCUCAGGAAGGUAACUAAUUCCAUGGCUGAGGCCUCGAAGAUAUCUAGUUCCAGGGUUGAUUCCUCAAAGGUAUCUGAUUCUACGCCUGAUGUCCCAAAGGUUUCUAAUCCUGUGGCCGAAAUCUCAAAGACAUCUAGUCUCCUGAAUGGGAUCUCUGACCAUCAAGACAGCCAAUGUGAAAAGGCGCUAAAUGAAGCUCAAGAGUACUCUGGCAAUGGUCAUCUAUUGGAAUAUUCAAAUAUAGAUAACUUCGAUUUGGUACCUGGUUUGAAAAGUGAUCUGGAAACUCAGUUUGAUUCGGUUUCUAUAGGAGAAAAUGUUGAUGAACCCACUGUUGUUGCCCCAGCAGUUGACAUUAUGCCUCUGCAGAACAUUGAAAAUGAAGACAAUGUUUUACGGAAGAAAGAGGAAGCAAGGUCCCAGGAAGAGCAUCUGUCUAACGGAAGCCAUAGAACUAGCAAGAGAAAAUCUUCAUUCCCCAACAAAUCAGAAUAUGUGGAAAAUGGAACUCACACUACUCCUGUUCGGCCAAGGCAGCCAAGUUAUAUGGCGGCAACAGAGUCCUUGAAGGCGAAAUUGCGAGCACAGGUUUCACCCAAGCUGGAUUCUGAUUCAUCAGCAGAAAAGAAUGGCUUCACUCGACGCCACUCUCUUCCUUCCAGUACAAACAGUAGGGCGGUCAAAGCUGAAUGGAAGCGCUGAAGAGGCGACCAAUCUUCAACUUGAAUCGAAUAGUGGAUGCUCUGAAUCUCUGCUGGAUGAACUCUGCCGCUGCCUGUCCCUUUUUAUUAUCCUGCGAUGUAAAGAGAGACGUUCUCCAUGUAUUGAACAACCUUGUGAUGAGUGCCUCUGGUUCAAUUUGUUGUAGGUUCAUGUGCCAUGCCUAGUGACUUGUGUCAUUGUAUAGUCACGGACUCACGGUUCUCUCGGGAUUGUUUCGAUUCCUCGUCGAAGGAACUAUGCCUGUGUAAGCUGAUGUUAGGACUGCAUUAAUCCAAUAACAUCAUCCGGAUGCACGCUGCUUUGCUCUU